UUGAGUCGCGUGUGUGUCGUUUAAAAAAAUUUACAUAGAAACUCGAACGAACUGGCCGAAAACGGAACUGUCAAAAUUGGCGGGAACUCAUCAAAAUUUUGUGUUUGUAAACAUUUUCAGUGAAUUCACAUUGUGAUAUUUCGAUAAAUAUUUCUCUCACUACGGUGCAAUAUUAAUUGAAAGUUUUUUCUUUCGAUAAUUGUUGGCAGCCAACGGUCAUUUGCAUCAGCUCGAGCAUCAUUGGCUGAAGAGUGGUCAGUCGUGCGCGAUAGCUUGCAACGCGCAGACGACCGGAGUCAUUGAACAAGAAGAGGAGACAGAAAAAAGAGAGAAUUGUGAUUUAGUGCGGUGUCCGUGAAAUGCUCAAAGUGUUGUGCUAGUUUUUUUUUUUGAAUAUAUAUUUUAUAUUUUUUUUUAUUAUAAUUAUUCACAAUGCAAGGAAGAGAUAAACUCUGUGCAAAGCUCACCAGCGCUUUCCUGAGGAAGUGGUGGUUCGUGCUCGCAUCAGCAGUCAUCCUACUCCUCCUAGGCAUAGUCAUUGCCAUAUUCCUCGGGACUUGGAUUCGACUCUUCAUAGACCAUGAGCUGGUGCUUCGCCCAGGUUCGAUGACGUUCGAGUGGUGGGCGCGGCCUCCGGUGCGGCCCUUCGUCAAGGUCUACGUGUACAACGUGACCAACGCUGACGAGUUCCUCAACAACGGCUCCAAGCCGAUACUGGACGAGCUCGGACCAUAUGUUUACUCUGAGGAGUGGGAGAAGAUCAACAUAACAGACAACGAGAAUGGCACGCUGUCCUUCCACUACAAGAGGACGUACACCUUCCAGCCGGAGAUGAGCAACGGGAUGGACGACGAUGCGGUCGUCGUGCCCAACAUACCGAUGCUGAGCGCGACAUCUCAAUCGAAGCACGCCGCUAGGUUCCUGCGUCUCGCUAUGGCUUCCAUCAUGGACAUAUUGAAGAUCAAGCCUUUUGUCGAGGUGUCCGUCGGUCAGCUGCUCUGGGGCUAUGAAGAUCCGCUCCUGAAGUUGGCCAAGGACGUCGUGCCCAAGGAGCAGAAGUUGCCUUACGAGGAAUUCGGACUUUUUUAUGGCAAGAACGGCACCUCUCCGGACGUGGUGACGAUGUUCACUGGCGCUACGGACAUGACCCGCUACGGCAUCGUGGACCGCUACAACAUGAGGGACCGGCUGCCCCACUGGACCACGGACCAGUGCAACAGCGUCGCCGGCUCCGACGGGUCCAUCUUCCCGCCGCACAUCACCGCGAACGACACGCUCCGGGUCUACGACAAGGACCUCUGCCGAUUGCUUCCGCUGAGGUAUCUCGAAACGGUGGAAUCUUCAGCCGGAGUCGAAGGCUAUAGGUUCACUCCUCCUGAGGAUGUCUUCGCUAACGACGAGCACAACAAGUGCUUCUGUCCUGCCGGUCCCCCCUGCGCCCCCGACGGACUCUUCAACGUCUCCCUCUGCCAAUACGAUUCUCCCAUAAUGCUAUCGUUCCCUCACUUCUACUUGGCGGACCCGAGCCUGCGGGAGGCAGUCGAGGGCAUCUCACCACCAGUAGCAGAGAAGCACAGACUGUACAUCGACGUGCAGCCCGAGAUGGGUAUAGCAAUGCGCGCUCGAGCUAGGAUCCAGAUUAACCUGGCCGUCUCCCAGGUCUUGGACAUCAAGCAGGUGGCCAACUUCCCAGAUAUCGUCUUCCCCAUAUUGUGGUUCGAAGAGGGUAUAGACGAGCUGCCGGAGCAGGUGUCGUCGCUGCUGCGGCUGGCGACGCGCGUGCCGGGCGUGGCGCGGGCGGCGCUGGCGGGCGGGCUGUGCGCGCUGGGCGCCGCGCUCGUGCUGCUCGCCGUCACCUGCCUCAUCAGAUCGUCUCACAGACAAAGCACUCUCAGGCUGGAGGCUCACGUUGUCGCGAAGCCGCCUCCACCCAAAACACCGAGCAAAGAAAGCGCCUACGAACUGAACAGCCGGAGAUAAUAUAGAUAAACAAAAUGUUAUUAACAUAUUAUAUAGAUAAUAUAGAUAAGGAUUUUCUUUUCAAACUCACUAGAAACAAAUCGGAAAAUUCUGUUCUUCAAGGAUUAUUUUAAAGGAGGGUAGUCUUUAAAUGUUCGAAUUCAUUUUUUUUUACCAAAAAAUAAAAAAAAAGCGUUAAAGUUGUCUACCAUCAAAUUUAAUUUGUCAUCAACAGGAUUUCCAGCAUAAGUUGGUUUAACCAGGAAAUAUUUUA